UCGUCCUCUCUUCUCGUCGGCUAUAGCAUCCGCUACUACAUAGGCUGAAUGCUCGCGUUUAUUUCUGCGCACACUUGCUGGUACCCUCUUUAUAGUCCUCUGCCUUGAGUUGGAUAGCCCAGUGAGUUUGGACUGCGACCGUCCUGAUGGCAGGUGCCAGAUUGUCGAACGUAUCAUCCGAGGCGUGGGUUGGGUACGCUGUCGAUUGGGGGCCAGGCGAUCUUCAAAUUCAAGUCCUUGUGCCUUACUCACACUCGUCCAAGGCUUCUGCAUGAAGAAAUUGGAUCGAAUUCUACCAGUCAAUAGCUCCCCGGAUUCUCAGGUGGCCCAUUGUCUCUGGAAUGGGCUGUACAACAGUGGCCCCAAUCACGUAAGUCUCUCCGGUAGGGAUCGGAAUCACUACGUAGCCACAGAAGAGGGAAAGGGACACACUGCCCCCUCGUAUGCUUAUAAAGGCCCCAUCUCGCUUUCGUUGGGGGGCUCACCUCAACGACUCGCCAGAAUCAUGCAUUUGAAACCAGGAGUGCCUUACAUUGUACCAAUACGGCUCUGGAUCUCAGCGAGGGCGACCACAAGGACCGUUUUCGGUUAUCGAACUCACAAGCGCGCCAACCAGCAGUGGAUCUUCGAGAGCAGAGGCGCUGGCCUGUACCAUAUCAAGUCCAACAGAGGCGCCAGGUACCUCGGACUAGAGGGGACGAUUGAAGUCGGAAGGCAUGUUUCUGCAACCGAAAGCCCUAAAUAUGAUUGGUCGAUCGAGGAGAAAACGAACUCGAAUGACAGUUGCAGAAUAUUCAUUUCAAAGACCAAUUUGAGCUUGGACAUCGGGCACCAUGGGAGUUCCACUGAUCGCACCUCCGCCGUACUCUGGUACAGCGAGGAUCCCGAGACUGUCCAAUACUGGAGGUUUGUUCCUGCCUGAUCGAAUAAGCCCUGUAGGAAUACCUGAUCGGGCUCCACCCGUGUACUUCCAACGAGCUUGUGAAAUGUAAUUCAACGAUUCAGAAAUUAGCAUUUUGUCAGAACAGACCACUGCGCAAAUUUCUGUUACGCCACAAUGCGCCCCGGUCGUCCCCUUUCCGUUUGGCAAGAGCAGCGUCGGUGUUUGUUGUAUGGGCAGCUCCCUCUGGUUAAGAUGGAGUAAGGUUCACUGAUGCUGGAUCCUGCUCCAAGCCCCUGGAUGCACCAUUCACCCAGUCAGGAUAUCAGACCAAAAGUCAUAGGUGUCAUGCCGGGACAGGUGUACACAUCAUUCGGCGUCCCCCAUGCAUAAAGCGUGGACAGUCA